AGUUUUCAACCCCCCAUCCAUUAUGGGGGAAACAGCGGUUACUGAAGGAAGUGCGCUACAUCUAUUGUGUGAUGGGUCAAACUCGGACCCUCAACCAAUUUUACAAUGGAUCUCUCCUGAUGGGAAGAUGGUCAGUGAGAGUGGGGAACUUGAUAUAGUGACUACCACCAGGAAUAUGACUGGGAUAUACACCUGUGUAGCUACUCUCCCCCGCUCCACCGCUACUAUGAUCUCCACUGUCGAUAUUAAGAUAAUUCUGCCAAUUGACUGUCCAACACUGAAGUCAACAGACACCAUCAUAGUCAACAUGAGCUCCACUGCAGUGGGCAGUACUGCUACCUAUCAGUGUAGAGAUGGUCCCACUGAUGUGUACACUACUCAGGUACCAGUACUGGAGUAUGGGACCCUCACCCCUCUCUACCUUGCACUGUACUGAGUCUAAUGGGUCAGGACAAACGUCUACUCUUCAACCAUGUCAAAUUGGAGUAAU